AUGUACAAUUUUUCAAAGAAGUCGCCAAUUGGCUUGGUGCGAGAUGAUAAAGUUGUUGAAUAUAUGUUUGUUAGUCACGAACAUUAUGGUUUCAACUCUAUUGGGUUAUAUAUUACUCUCCAACAAACUAUACCAUUUCAACAAUCUCAUAUAAUUGAUCAAGCUGAAUCUGAUGAAUUUGAAGCAGAAAACUCAAAUGAAGCUGAAGCUGAAACCGAAGUCGACGUCGUUGACAAAGAAGAAGAAGAAAAUGAGAUACAGGUUGAUCACAUGUUGAACAACAACACUGAAGAUGGCAAUCAUCGAGCUCCAUUACCUCCAAAAGGUGAGUUAAAAAAGGGAGUCAGGUUCCGCACUAAAGAAGAAUGUGUGCAAGCUAUCAAAAAUUUUCACAUGGAUAACUCUGUUGAUUUCAAUGUGAAACGCACUGAUUCGAGAAGGAAGAGAAGUGAUUCUUGGCAUAUAGCUUAUAUAGAGCCACCUCCUAGUUGCACCGCCACUAAUAUUGUACAGGAUCGCCGAAAAUUAAGUGUUGAAUUGAUAUGUCAAGAUAUUUUGCCGCUUAUUAACAAGGACCCAUCAAUGAAGGCGAGCAUAAUAAUAUAUCAUAUUGUCACACGAGAUAAUUAUACUCCUUCGUACGAGAAAGCGUGGAUUGCAAGGAAAAAGGUUGUUGAGCAGGAAUUUCAACCAUGCAUAAAAGGUUUCAUAUUCUACAAACCUAUUAUUCAAAUUGAUGGAACAUGGUUAUACAAAAAAUGCAAGGGUACCUUGCUUAUAGCUGUUGCACAAGACGACAACAAUAAUGUCUUUCCCGUUGCCUUUGCUAUGGUUGAAGGUGAAACCACUGGUGGUUGGGGUUUCUUCCUUAGUCAUCUCAGAAUACAUGUCGUUCCACAAGACAAUCUUUGUUUGAUUUCAGACAGACAUGCUACUAUUGAGAGUGCUUACAAUAACCAUGAUAACGGGUGA